AUGACGUUCUCCCCGGAGGAUAUGGAUUACCCCCCGAGCGCGCAGCUCGCCGUCGAGGCCAUCCUCGGCUGCGAUGUGAAUAAAAACUUAGAGGUCACGUGCGUGCGGCGAGCGCCCGGAAGGACCCGAGGAGGAGGAGGAGGAGGAGGGGGGGAGGAAUCCGACGAGGAUGCCUUCCGGGCGGGGGAUAUGAUCCUCGACGUGGCGGGGCACGCCCUACACUCCCUUUCCCACCUCCGUGAGGUGCUCUCCGGACGAUGCGUACAGAUCCAGGCGGAGGCCCGCGAGGAGUUCCCCGACCUCCCCGACGACGCCCUCACCGUGAAUCCCGCGCUGCAGAAGUAUCUCGAGCUGCUCUGCGAGCACCACAACUUCCUCGUCCUCGUCCUGAGGGGGUGUGAUAUCUACCAAAUCAUUGUUCGAACGUAA